ACAUCACUAGACGAGCGCCGAUCCGACGCAUCGACUUUCUGAGCUCGACUGAAGAGACUUGUUACUGUGUACCACAUGGCACGACUGCAUGAGAGUCAGGUGUUAUGAAGUAGAGCAGAAAGGUAGUUUAGCUGUUAUCUGAUUUCUGGAACUUGUGGUUUAUAAGAAAAACAAACUAGGGAGAAAAAUGUCGCAGCUACAGGCGAGGUUCUUCACGGAGGAUAAGAGAUAUGUUGUAGAUGAUGUCCCGUUUUCCAUCCCAGCUGCCUCUGAAGUCCCAGAUCUCAGCAAUGUCAUCAACAAACUGCUGGAGGCCAGAAAUGCUUCUCACACCAGCGUGGAGUUUGACUUCCUGGUCAGGGGUCAGUUUCUGCGGACGAUGCUGUCCACUCACAUGGAGACAGAGGGCAUUUCAACGGAAGACGUGGUGGAGAUAGAGUACGUAGAACGGAUCACAGCUCCAGAACCGGAGGAGUGUAUGAUGCACGAUGACUGGAUUAGCUCCAUCGAUGCCGACAGGGAAUGGAUCCUGAGCGGGUCGUACGAUAAGACGGCCCGGAUCUGGUCUGUGGAGGGGAAGGCCGUGGCGACGGUGGCCGGACAUUCGGAGGUGGUGAAAGACGUAGCCUGGAUAAAACGAGACGGCCUGACCUCUCUGCUGCUGACCGCCUCUCUGGACCAGACCCUGCUGCUGUGGGAGUGGAACUCUGAGAGGAACGAGGUGACGGCCAGACAUUGUUGUCGGGGACACACGGGAAGCGUUGACACGGUUUCCACAGACCCCACCGGCUCGAAGUUCUGCAGCGGCUCCUGGGACAAGAUGUUAAAGAUCUGGUCAGCAGUGGUCACCGAUGAAGCAGACGAGGAAGAGGAGCCUGUAGACAGACCGAGGAAGAAACAGAAGACGCAGCAGCUGGGUCUGACCAGGACGCCGUUGAUGACGCUGUCCGGGCACAACGAGGCCGUGUCCUCCGUCCUGUGGUGUGACGGCGAGGAGGUCUGCAGCGCAUCCUGGGAUCACACCAUCCGGGUUUGGGACGCUGAGACCGGAGAAACCAAGACCACACUAACGGGCAGCAAAGUGUUUAACUGCAUCUCCUUCUCCCCUCUGUGUCGACGGCUGGCCUCGGGUAGCGCCGACAGACACAUCCGACUGUGGGACCCCCGGACCAAAGACGGGGCUCUGGUGUUGUUGUCUCUCACCUCCCACACGGGCUGGGUCACCGCCGUCAAGUGGGCGCCGUCACAUGAGCACCAGCUGGUCUCUGGUUCCCUUGACAACCUGGUCAAACUCUGGGACACCAGAAGCUGUAAGGCUCCUCUGUAUGACCUGGCAGCCCACGAGGACAAAGUGUUCUGUGUGGACUGGACAGAAAGUGGCCUGCUGCUGAGUGGAGGAGCAGACAACAAGCUGUACACCUACAGAUACUCAUCCUGUCAGACAGACGCAGGGGCAUAGACAUCAUCAUCAUCAUCAUCAUCACCAGCGGACUGAACAGACAGGAACCAGUACGGUGGAAGUACCGGGCAGAACUAGUUUCAUUUUGUUCUUAGUUUCAGUUUUACAGCUGUUUUUGUUUUCCUGUAACCCAGAGUAAAUUGUUUCCUAAAA